GAAAAAUAUUGAAAGAGAAGAAAUAUUAGGUUAGAAUCAUAAUCAUAGACAUAAGAUUUAUAGAUUGAAUUAAAAUCAGGAAAUAAACAUACAAAUUAUUGAAAAAUGGCCUCUAGACCAAGGGGAGGACCUCACAAUUUAGGCGAUCCCGAGGAUAUGUCCCUUAGGAAAGUAGAAAAAGACGUGUUGAUACCGAAGAAAAUGCGUGAACUCACGCGCACGGAGAAAUGCCAAAUGGAAGUAGAUCAAUUCAACGAAUGCGCUAAAAUUAAUGGUCUAUCAUCAGUCUUAAAAUGUAGACCAGAAAAUGCCCUAUUAAAAGAGUGCUUGGCUAAAUGGUACACCGAUGAGAAUUUUAUCGAACACUGUACACAGAUUUAUUUGAAGGAAAGAUCCGAGUAUAGAAGAACGGGUGUGAGUACAAACCAGGGGAUAAGGAUGGGUACGUGAAUCGAGAUAUUGAGUGUUAUUUGGUUAAUUUAGUUACAAGAUUAAUAAAUAUAUUUAGAAAUAA